UGUCUCCGGGUGUACCCGUUAGUUUCUUGACUUUAACACUCCUGCGCAGAUCCCGGUUUUUGGCUGCCUUUUCCUCGCCUGUUUUCUGGUCAACAUGUCGGAGUAUAAUGUGGUGCCGCCACCCGGGUCCGGGGCCCCUCUCGGCGGACAGGCGGGUCUUGGGAACGGAGCUGGAGACAUCAAGAAAGAUGCGUUUGCGGACGCGGUGCAGCGGGCACGGCAGAUUGCAGCUAAGAUCGGGGGUGAUACUGGUCCUCCCAUGAACAACAACACUGCAUCAGAUGGCUUUCCAUUCACUGCACAGAAACGACAGCUGGAGGAUGCAGAUGAACCGGAGAGCAAGAAGCUGGCUGCACAGAGUGACUUAGAUUCAGCCAAUGCAUUGUCUAUUGGUGCACAGCUAGCUGCUCUUGCACAACAAAGGCCCGCCUACAGCACAGAGGAGUACAGUGUACCAGACAGCAUGGUGGGACUCAUUAUUGGCCGUGGAGGUGAACAGAUCAAUAAGAUUCAACAGGAGUCAGGUUGCAAGGUUCAGAUAGCUCCAGACAGCGGAGGCCUUCCAGACAGGAGAGUCUCUCUUACAGGUUCCCCAGACUCCAUACAGAAUGCCAAGGGGCUGUUGGAUGAGAUAGUCUCACGAGGGAGGGGUACACCCCCUUCUUCUUAUCACGAGUCCACUAACGGGCAGAAUGGCACGGUGCAUGAGAUGAUGAUUCCAGCUGGCAAGGCUGGUCUUGUCAUUGGCAAAGGAGGCGAGACUAUCAAACAGCUACAGGAGCGUGCAGGGGUGAAGAUGAUCCUGAUCCAGGAUGCCUCUCAGGGACCCAACGUUGACAAGCCCCUGCGCAUUAUCGGAGAACCCUACAAAGUCCAGCAAGCCCAGGAGAUGGUGCAGGAGAUUCUGAGGGAGAGAGACCACGGUGGCUUUAGUGAAAGAAAUGAUUUUGGCCCCCGAAUGGGAGGAGGCAUGGAUAUCCCUGUACCAAGACACUCAGUCGGUGUGGUCAUCGGGCGCAAUGGAGAGAUGAUUAAGAAAAUACAGAAUGAUGCUGGAGUUCGGAUACAGUUCAAACAAGAUGAUGGGACUGGUCCAGAUAAGAUUGCUCACGUCAGUGGUCCCCCUGACCGCUGCGAGCAUGCUGCCCAGAUCAUCAACGACCUGCUGCAGAGCAUCAGGGUCAGGGAGGAGGGACAGGGGGGUCCCCCAGGUCCUCCAGGCAUGCCUGCAGGCAACAGGGGCCGAGGUGGGGGACAAGGCGGUUGGGGGUCCCCUGGAGGGGAAAUGACCUUCUCUAUUCCUGCCCACAAGUGUGGGCUAGUGAUUGGCCGGGGAGGAGAGAACGUCAAGUCCAUCAACCAGCAGACCGGGGCGUUUGUAGAAAUCUCUCGACAGCCGCCCCCCAACGGAGACCCCAACUUCAAGCUUUUUAUCAUUCGGGGCUCACCGCAGCAGAUCGACCACGCCAAGCAGCUCAUUGAGGAGAAGAUUGAGGGUCCUCUGUGUCCUGUGGGUCAGGGGCCAGGUGGACCAGGUCCUGCUGGUCCAAUGGGUCCCUUCAACCCCAACCCAUACAACCCCGGGCCGCCUGGGGCACCCGGACCACCACAUGGCGGUCCUCCAGGUCCUCACCAGUACACCCCUCAGGGCUGGAGCAACACCUUCCAGCAGUGGCAGCCUCAGGCACCCCAUGACCCCAGCAAGGCAGCAGCCAAUGACCCCAACGCAGCCUGGGCGGCCUACUACGCUCAGUACUACCAGCAGCCAUCGGGGGCUGUGCCAGCCCAGUACCCUGCUAACCCAGCUGGAGGUGCCCAAACUUCAGGGGACCAGACCCAGCCUGCACAGACGCCGGGGGGCCAGCCAGACUACACCAAGGCCUGGGAGGACUACUACAAGAAGAUGGCCCAGGCAGGUGGCUCGGUCCCUGCGACAGCAGCUGCAGCCCCAGGAGCAGCUGGAGGAGCAGCAUCCACAACGGGGGGCCAGCCGGACUACAGCGCAGCCUGGGCAGAGUACUACAGGCAGCAGGCUGCGUACUAUGGACCGACAGGACAGGCCCCCGGCCAGCCAGCCACUCCCCAGCAAGGACAGACGCAGUGAAAGUUCAUGGCAGGAGGUCUUGGGAGAGAAUCGGGAAGACGGGAUAAAGAAUGACGACCCUGAACUUAAGGCCAGAAUCUAGCCUGUUUUGUAUUUCUUGUGAGGGGAAAUGAAAAUCUUUCUCAUCACCAAACACCACCUGGACACUUUUUAAUAAAAAUGUGAACUGAACAAAUGUUCUAGUGCUUUGCCGCUGAGGGGAGCGAGAAGACUGAUAAUCUCGCCAUGACGGGGAAAAUGGCUUCUCAAUGCCUCUACAUACAUUUACAGUAUAUAUGCCAUUAUUAACAUGGAAGCCUUGAAACGCUUCAAGGCUAAAUCUAUCUCAUCUUCCUUUUAUUAACUUAAGACUUCCUAUUUUUAAAGCACUUCAUUCGCGCAUAUAUAUAUAUAUAUAUAUAUAUA